GAUUAUUCCACUUCGACCAGUUAUACCGAUUUUCGGGUAAACAAUACAUUACCCAGAAUGGAUACGGACGAUGUUGAAUCAACUUCCAGCAGUGCAAUGUCCAAAAUUGGAGCAUUAUUUACGUUUACUUCACCGGCAGUCAAAAAAUUGCUCGGUUGGAAACAAGGAGACGAAGAAGAAAAAUGGGCAGAAAAAGCCGUAGACAGUUUGGUGAAAAAACUAAAAAAACGACAAGGAGCCAUAGAGGAAUUGGAAAGGGCUUUAUCGUGUCCAGGACAACCAUCGAAAUGUGUGACUAUACCUAGGUCUUUGGAUGGGCGUCUUCAGGUAUCUCAUCGCAAGGGUUUACCGCAUGUAAUAUAUUGCCGAGUUUGGCGCUGGCCCGAUCUACAAUCACAUCACGAACUAAAACCAUUGGAAAUUUGCCAAUAUCCAUUCUCAGCUAAACAGAAAGAAGUGUGUAUUAAUCCUUAUCACUAUAAGCGAGUGGAGAGUCCAGUAUUGCCGCCUGUUUUAGUUCCGCGGCACUCAGAAUUUGCUCCAGGACAUUCAAUGCUACAAUUCAAUCAAAUGGGAGAAUCGACCAUGCCUCACAAUGUUAGCUAUUCAACGGCCGGAUUCAACAAUCAUCUUAGUCCCAACAGUCCGCCAAUGACUUCGGUUGGCAGUCCAAGUUCUGUAAAUUCCAAUCCAAACUCGCCGUACAGCAGUAUGGCUGAGACACCGCCACCAGCCUAUAGUCCGUCAGAGGACGGCAAUUCAAACAAUCCGAACGAUGGCACACAAAUGCUUGAUGCACCCAUGGGGGACGUUGCCCAAGUCAGCUACCAAGAGCCGGCAUUUUGGGCCUCAAUUGCCUAUUACGAAUUAAACUGUCGCGUUGGCGAAGUAUUUCACUGCAACAACAACUCAGUGAUUGUUGAUGGCUUUACAAAUCCUUCCAAUAAUUCGGAUCGCUGUUGUCUGGGCCAAUUGAGUAAUGUCAACCGUAACAGUACAAUUGAAAAUACACGGCGCCACAUAGGAAAAGGCGUUCAUCUCUACUAUGUUACGGGAGAAGUUUAUGCUGAGUGUCUCUCCGAUUCGGCCAUUUUUGUGCAAUCGCGUAAUUGUAAUUAUCAUCACGGCUUCCAUCCUAGCACAGUGUGUAAAAUACCACCCGGCUGUUCUUUGAAAAUAUUCAACAAUCAAGAAUUUGCUCAACUGCUAUCUCAAUCCGUCAACAACGGCUUUGAGGCUGUCUAUGAGUUGACGAAAAUGUGUACAAUACGUAUGAGUUUUGUGAAAGGUUGGGGCGCUGAAUAUCAUCGACAAGACGUGACGUCUACGCCAUGCUGGAUCGAAAUACAUUUGCAUGGACCACUACAGUGGCUGGACAAGGUUCUAACACAAAUGGGAUCGCCCCACAACGCUAUAAGUUCGGUGUCAUAAAAUGCCGCUCGCAACAGAUUUCGUUUCAUAUUUCUAAGUUAAUAGGGUUAGUGUAAGUUUUAAGAAAAA